GCUUGCUUCUCUAGUUACGAAAUAGAUUAAGAAAGCCUGCAGACAUUUGAUUACUUUCACCGACUCCAAUUAGUGACGAUGAUUAUAGCUGUCAGCAACAUGCGACGUAGUAGAUGAUCUAUAGGCCCAAAUACGAUUAACAAAAUCAACCAUCAUGAGUAGUUCGGGAAGAGAGCAGCUGCGGAUGAUGGGCUUGAAUGUAACCGCAAGAGAUCCAACUAUGGAUGCCCGUACAGUACAUUCGGUUAAUGUUAAUAACAAGAAAGUUCGCGUUAAACACGAUCAAAUGACCAGGUUCAUAGAAAACGCACAAGAUGUGAGUGACCAUGCAUUUCGGCAAGAGGAAAGGGAACUGGUCCGACAGAUAGAAAGAUUACAGAGAGAUAAGUUGAGCCGUCACCAUCUUCCACACCAUAGCAGUAACCAUCGCUACCAACCCCAGGGUUCAAACGACUUGCAAACGUUUGCUGUACGUGACGACCACAAUCAACCCAUGUACGUGACGGUUACUGGUGGAGCAGAAAGAGACGCAUCAAAGAUUAGCGUACACCACGACGGCACUCAAUUACAUCAUCUUGGUAGCCAUCACUCUGGUGUCCAGCAACCCGUAGGUUAUGGCCACACAGUCAAAGAAUGGGCUCACGAAAUGGGUAUUGAACAAAAGGGUAGAAGAAGAAGCAUCCAUAGCACAUACCUGCCGGACCGGCGCACCUCUGGUUCCUAUAUCGGCGGACGUAGGGAUUCGCUUUUGAAUACUGGUCAUAACCAACAGCAUUAUGACAACAGCAGCAGCUUCCAUCGACCUGAUGCCGCUAGCCAUCGAGCUAUUCGUCAGCAGGUCAGAGUUGACCAAAGCAAUGCUAAAAAGCCUUCGUUUUCUUCUCUACAUAAUCACCGCCCAUCGGACCACGCCGCUCGCACCAAAGGACAUUCGACGACUGGGGGGACGGCUGACGUUUUUAGUAAACCGAAUAUCAAGCCUAAACAUCCCGAAUCAACAGCUUCAUCUAGUAAGACAUCAGAUUGUACCAGAGGUCACCCUAAAAUGGCGAGUGAGCCGGUGUUGUCAAAGGGAAAGGAAAAAGAAAGGGAUAGAAUUGCACGGAGUGCCGUCAAAUCCCAACAACCAAAAUCUCAAACGAAGAAACCACAAGAUAAUGACAGGGCUAGUAAAAGUUUACAUCACGUUCAAACGAAACAAAAAUCAACUGAGUCUAAAAUAUCAAAUAAUUCACCCGGUAACGAAGCAGCGACACGCAGACGUGGAAGUACACACGAUUCGCAUCUUGGCACCAGUAAGGCAAAGACGGAGAAAAAUGGUGCUCGUACCCAAUCAAAGUUGCAUCAACCGAACUACGAUCUUUCAGGUCUGACCUCACAUCCUGGUCAUCGCCUGCAACUAUCACGUGAGACACUGGAAGAAAUACACGCGCUGGUGGAUCAGGGUCAGGGAAGCCUCUUGUCAACAUCUAUGGGAACUCUGAGCCGUAAGCAGCAACAGCGACUCUUGGCUCUCCAGAUGCUGUCACAAAGACUGCCGUUGCAGCAGCAUGAAGCGCCAGAAUUCAACGCCUUCGAAGUGCUACAGAGUAGGUAUCUAAGGUUGUCAGACUCUAACAUCGCGAACCUGAUGGAUAUCUGCAAAGAUGAAGGCAUAGAGGUUGGCAUCCAUCCACAUAUGAAUAUUGAUGACGUCGGAAAAAUCGUGUUUGCUGAAGGAGACCCUGCUGCAGAGAAAUGAUUAGACUUGUAUAAUGUUGAUGAUGUGCAUAUGCAUAUUGAUGACCCUGCUGCAGAAUGAUUAGACAUGUAUGAGUCAUAUCGUAUAAAAAAUACAUACAUCAGAUCUAUUUAUCUUGCAUCCUAUUUUGAAUUUGUAAAGAAAGAUAAAUUGAAAAUUACUUUGUAAAUCGAAUGUAAAUAAUCGUAUAUGAGAAUUAAAUUGAGGCAAUACAGGCAAUAAUAAAAACAACGAUGGUGCUUUAACAACAAAUAAAAGUUCAUAUAACUGUGGACGAAGCUAUGUACCGGUAUUUAUUUCUGUUUGUCUGUCUAUCCAGGGAGCCGUCAUAAUUACAAUUUAUUCAUUAGGCAUACAGGCUUAAGACUGCCAUAAUUCACAAUAGGCCUAGUUUAAUGCUAAUAAAAUGAUGUUAAAAAAGGAGAAUUAAUUUAAACAUAGUCGGUAUUUUCAUAAUCCGUGCGUAUCUUAAUUUAAGAAUCAGCUAGACUAGAUGAAAAAUACAAAAGGUACCGGUAAUAUAGCUAAUGGUUUUUUUGGCCGAUUUUUCGAGCCAGUCAUUUUCUGGUUGAUAUGUGUUCUGUG